CGCAAUACUUACUUUAGGUAGCUUUCCAAGUUCACCUGAGUCGAAGCUCCCAGCCAUUCCUCAAUCAAUUUGCUUGCUCACUCGACUAACAGUACCCUCAACACCGACAUACUUGAUAACCAACUCACGAACCCCCCAUUCAUUCCAUCGCCGUAUCCCACCUGCCCAUCAAAACCAACCCACAUCCAUCCUCCGCAUGCCCGCAACCGCUACAGCAACCACCCCCCAGCUACAACCACACCACAACACCGCCCACAUCUAACCCAAUCCCUCCCAGCGGGACAUCAAGAUGGCCCACUCCAAACGCAACACCUCCCUCCCGCACUUCACCGCCUACGAGCGCUCCCUCCUGCGCUCGGCCUGGGGCACCAAACGCAGCGUGAUCGGCCGCGACUCCUUCCUCCCCUUCGGCUCCUGUCGCCUGUGUCUGCGGCCCGCGCGCGCGCCCGUUGUCGCCUGCGCCACGGCGGGCGACCUGUUCUGCCGCGAGUGCGCGAUCAGCGAUCUCCUCGCGCAGCGCCAGGAGAUCAAGCGGUUAGAGCGCCAGCGCGAGGAAGCGCGAAAGCGGUUGGUGGAGGAGGAGGCGCGGGCGCUGGAGGAGGUGAAGGGAAGGGAGGUGGCGGAGUUUGAGAGGGUGAGUAUGGGGUUAGAAGGUGGCACGAAGCAUAAGAGUAAUAACAACAAUAAUAAUAAGCGGAAGGCCAAUGAUGAUGAGGAGGAGGAGGAGCGGGGUGGUGGUGGCGCGGGGGAGAAGAGCGUGGGUGGGGUUGGGGAGGUAGUGUCGAAAAAGAAGAAGGUUUUUGAGUUGGAUGAGCAGGUUGUGAUGAAGUUUGCGAAGGAGGAGCAGGAGCGGUUGAGGGAGGAGUUGAGGAGGGAGAAGGAUGCAAAAUCCGCCCUGCCCUCGUUCUGGGUCCCCAGUUUGACCCCCUCGACAGACCCGAAUGAAAUCGCGGCCAAUAAGGCCGUCAAGUUGACGCCUAUCUGUCCGGCUUCAACGGAAACGAAUAAGCACGGAUACUCGCUGAAAGCGCUGGUGGAUGUGCAUUUCACCGAGGAGAAGGGUGCCGGCGGCGAGGUCACGAGGGUGUGUCCUAGUUGUAAGAAGACGUUUACGAAUGGGUUGAAGGCUAUGUUAACGAAGCCCUGCGGCCAUGUCAUCUGUCAACCCUGUGUCAACAAAUUCAUGAUCCCCCAUGCUGCGCCGGACCCGCAUGCCACCAAGGAGGAACAGGAGCAGACGGCGGCGCUGCACGGCCGGAUCCUGUGCUAUGUCUGCGAGACGGAUGUGACGCCUGACACGAACGGCACCGCUAGCGCGAACAAGAAGAAGAAGAAGAAGGACAAGGAGGGCAUCUUGCCCGGGUUGGUCGAAGUCAGUUCUGAGGGAACUGGCUUCGCCGGGCGGGGUGGGAACGUAGCGACGAAGAACGGAGUCGCGUUUCAGUGCUGAUUUUCUGGAUGGUUGCAUGGACCAACGAGAAGCCAAAUUAGUUGGUUGUACAUUACGAAUCGGGAGCAUACAUAGGUGGAAUCUAUCCAGCUUGGAUACACUGCUGUUGAUAACCAAAAUCAUAUACAUGUCCGACACAAAGACCGCGGA